GUGCGGCGGUGCGCGCGGAGCUGCGGGGCCCGGCCGCCCCCCUCCUCCCCCCACCGCCGGCGGCGCUCCGGGGGCACCGGACGCCUCAGCGGGGAGCGCUCAGUUCCUAUGAAGAAAACCAUCAGUGGUGAUGCUACAGGACAGGUCUCACAUGAGGGGCCUCGAUACGAAGGGCAGCUCUCCGCUUCUGUAGCUGAUGGCACCACCACCACAGCCAGGCCAGACCCAGGGACUACUCUGGAUGUGACUGUACCAGAAACAGCUACCAUAAGCCCUGAGGCUACCAGUUUCAACAGCACCAAAAUCCCAGAUGUGGCAAGCACUGGACCCAGCCUGAGCACGAUGCUGCUGUCCUUUGGGAUCAUUACUGUGAUUGGGUUGGCUGUAGCUAUGGUUCUGUAUAUCAGGAAGAGGAAGAGGUUGGAGAAGCUACGGCACCAGCUCAUGCCCAUGUACAACUUUGAUCCCACUGAGGAACAGGAUGAACUGGAGCAGGAGCUGCUGGAACACGGGCGAGAUGCAGCAUCUUCCCAGGCCUCGCAGAGCAAGAUUCUGCUGACAAGUCAAGGAGCCCUCCAGAGACCCAGCCGCCUUGUGUUCACAGACGUUGCCAAUGCCAUCAAUGCAUGAACAGUACCUGCCCCUGCCCUGGGACCCUGCUGAGACUGGGGAGGAUGAAGCCAACAAACCAGUGACUUCCCACAAGCAUGGCCGGUCCACUGAGCCCAGCCGGUCACCCCGUUGGUUUGUGUUACAGAUGGGCACAAGCACUGGGAACUGUGGUCACUUGGGGAAACAAACCCUUUGUGAUGGCACCAGUGAUUUUUUGGUGUGUCUGUUACCACUAAAACGUCCUGAGCUGGUGCUGACUGAUACCAUCCACCAAGCUGCGUGCUUAGGAACAGUGCCUGCUUUGUUGUAGAUUAACUUGUCAGAGCACAUGGGUGCACUUUCUGGGUCAGGGAAGGAGGUGCAUGUUUCAGAGAGUUUCCCUGUUGGUUUUGUGCCACCAGACCCCGAAGAAAGUAAUGAAUGAGCCUCUCUGUACAGUGAGCACAGCUUUGGCAGAUCCUGGAGGGGUGACUGGUGGCAAAGCCCCUUUGAGCAAGGAGAGCUGACUCCCCUGGCUGAGAGCAAUCAGAGGCACGCCACAGAAAACAUACACCAUGGGCUUAUCCCCCUUGUGGCACGUUUGCUGCUGAUAAAUAUGCACCCAGGAUGAUGCUGAAGUGUGGGGAAGUCACUAGCUUUAAGCACUGAAAUGGUGAAUAUUUGGCUGAUUACAUCUUAACUGAGGAAGUGGCUGAAUAUCCCAAACUAGAGCUGCCACAGAGAGGAGAAUUCACAGAGCUAGAGGCAGGGGGUGACCGUGUCUACAUGACUUGCUGCUGCUGCUGCUGAUCUAGAAAUAAUGGUGCUUGGGCCACAGAGAGGACUUGAGUAGAGCUGCGGUUCCAAUACCAUGUACCCCCUCCUGCUUUGGCUCAGGAAAGUCUCUAUGGUGCAGAGUGAUAUCCAGAAAAAAAGAUUAAGCCUUGAAAUACUCUCUUUUAAAUAAGGAAAAACAUGCAUUGACCCAACACCAUAACAGCCCCAUGUGUGCCCCCAGAGGUGACUGAACAACUGCUUCAUGCUUUCUUACCUGCCAGGACCUGCAGCCAGAGCCUUCUCUUCUUCCUGCUGAAGGACACAGAGCUUUGUGUUAGCCCCUGCUGAUGCAGAAGGUGAGACUAGGCAGGUAAGCCAGGAGUUCCCUGUAACCCUGAAGCAUCUCUGCCUGUGUGUCCUUCAGGGCUGCAGGAAGGAGAGAGUGUAAUGGGGUCUCUGGCCACCUUGGCAUGGGGCCAUCCUCUGCAGAGCCUUUGGUGGCCACCAGCCCCGCAUGCUGCAGAGCAGGCCAGCAGAGCCUGCACACAAGCAUCAGUGCCCAGCCAUGCACUGAUCACCCGAGUUUUUUGCAGUACAUGCAUUUGCCAGAUCAUAUCCAUCCACAGCACCCACAGGUGAAAUCAGGGCAAGCCAGAAUUUGAAUGCAGAUCUAAAAGGUAGACUUAUGCAAGGAGACAUUUCACUGAGUGGCAAUUCAGGCAUCAUGUGCUUUGUUGCAAGUUUGGACCUGCCAGUUAGGUUUUGUUCUCCCAAAUCUCGUUAUUCCCCACUGUGAUUUUGUUGGUUUCUUUUCCAUAUUUACUAAAUGCAGACUUUUUCCUGGGCAUGUGCCACUGACCCUGCAGUGCACAGUUCCUUUCCAGCCCUCCUUCCUUCACUGACACCUCAUGGCAGUUUUAGAGGGUUAAGUGGCUUUUUCAGUAUCCCUCUUUCCUUUUAAAAAUCAGGGAGUUCUGGGAGCCUGUUAGGGCUCAGAAUGUCAUUACCUGUGGGAAAACAGCCCAUCCUCCAUACCCAGGGCUAUCUGGCAGGAGGCACUCCAGGAAUGCUGUUGGAAGGAAAUCGUGUGGGUAAAAAUACUCACUGUAAUCUGGCUUAGAAUUUGGACGCUAUUGGUGGGUCUCCCCAGAGGUUAUGUCUGUGUGACCAGCUGAGAAACACGUACUUCAUCCCCACACACACACGCACACUUACCAGCUCCUCCAAGUGCUCGGUGACAUCAGAUGUCUCCCUUCAGCAGCUGGCAUGUCGCUGCCUGUCACAUUCCCACACUCUGCAGCAGGACAGGGAUGCAAGCGGCACCAGGGGUGCGUGGCUGCCCUGAAUCACAACGUUUCCCUUAGAACUCUUAGAAUUGGAACUUCAUUUGUGGUUUUCAACUCAAUAAAAGACAAACGUCAGCUGAGCUGUUUCCUCAAACCAGCGGCCUACUUUGUGCUCUUUACCCAAGCCCAUGUGCUGCACAGGCAGCUGCCAAGCAGUGCAUCUGCCAGCUCAGGUGCAAACACUCGCACCUUGUUCCACGUUAAUGCUCAGAUGUAUCUUGUAUAACAAACACCUUCAGAGGAAUUCUCUUGAAGCAUUCUUCCUGUAAUGCUAGGCUCGGUCCUGUGAUGACUGCCCUUAGAUUAAAGAAGUACAGAUAAUAAGACUAAAAGAAUAUUACGGGUAUUUGCUUGCCUGGUACUGGAGUAUUCUUUUAGUUCAGUAGCACCUCCUCUCACAGUUCUUGGAAGUAUAUAUGUACAAUUUUGCAGAAGCAUUAUGAUGUAAUUUAAUUCAAGUGUUUUAAGCAUUGAAAUCUAAUUAAAUUAUUUACAUGAAA